AACUCGAUUAACCAAACCCGCGGAUCGCUACGUUCCGAGAGACAGACGUCUACUCUCACUGCUCUCACUCUCGAGUUGCGGAGUUGCUGUCUUUCUGGCAUCGAGAUAUCAUCGCUGCUUCACUCUCACUCCCAUGUCUCCGAUGCAUCUGAUCCCGCGACAUCCCGAAAUGUACGGUGAAGUGUUUAUGUAGUAUCCGCUGCGACCGUAGACACCGUUCACGUGCCAGACGACCAACACCUUAUUUCAUCCAUCGACGUCCCGACAUCGACUUCCGACAUCGACCCGGAACACCUCGUGGACUCGCUUGACCAAACAAGAAAAAUAAACGGGCUCGAACCACCGUUCAUUCAACAUGGAGCAGAAGCGCCUUUACAAAGUGGUUCUCACCGGAGGACCUUGCGGCGGCAAAACGACCGGACAGAUGCGGCUGUGCACGUUCUUCGAGAACAUGGGAUGGAAGGUGUUCCGUGUUCCCGAGACAGCGACCGUGCUGCUCAGCGGCGGCAUAAAGUUUUCAGACCUGAACGCUGAAGAGGCAAAGGGAUCCGGCCCGUGUCCUUCGAUCACGAGGUUCUCGCGGCGACGUUACAGGAACGAAUCCGACAGAGAGGAGGCGAGGUGGCCGGAGAUCCUCGAGGUUGACUCCAGCGAGGCAUUCAAGUUCCAAGAGAAUCUGCUGCGGACGAUGAUCCAGAUUGAGAACACGUUCUUCCAGCUGGGCGAGAGCUGUUCCCGAAAUUGCCUUAUCAUCUGCGAUCGCGGUGCCAUGGACGCCUCGGCAUUUAUAUCGAAGGACAAGUGGGAGCUGAUGAUGGCCUCGAACGGCUGGAACAACGUCGAGCUACGGGACAACCGGUACAAUCAGAUCAUCCACAUGGUCUCGGCGGCGAACGGCGCCGAAGACUUUUACUCGACGGAGGAUCACGCCUGCAGGUCGGAGGGCGUCGAGGUGGCCAGGGAGCUCGAUUACAAAGCAGCCGCGGCCUGGGUAGGCCAUCCUUACUUCGACGUGAUCGACAACUCGCAGGACUUCGAGUCGAAGAUCUGUAGGAUGAUCGAGUGCGUCUGCCAGAAGCUGGGCAUCGACACCGGGGACAGGUUACGCGCCAGCAGUAGAAAGGUCAAGUUCCUCGUCACGGGUCCUUUACCGGUGGACACAGAGUUCCCGCCGUUCCAGGACUUCGACGUCGUUCACAACUACCUCCAAAGCAAUAAUCCGAAGAUGCAAGCCCGUCUCCGCAAGCGCGGCCAAAAAGGUCACUGGUCCUACAUCCACACCAUCAGGCGUCCAAAGAUGUGCGGCCAAGUAAUCGAGGUGAAGACACAGUUGACUCACAGAGACUAUCUGAACAUGCUUGCCCAACGCGACGAUUCGCAUUUCACAAUCUUCAAACGCCGCCGCUGCUUCCUAAUAAACAAUCAGUAUUUCCAGUUAGAUAUAUACAGAGAACCAGCUCAUCCAAGGUGUCGAGGUUUAAUGUUGCUUGAAACGUACACUGCGCUAUCGGGAACCGAGUUGAAAAACAUUUUACCACAGUUCCUGACCAUUGAGAAAGAAGUCACUGGGAAUUCGGAUUAUAGUAUGUUCAACCUCAGCCUCAGAGAAGAGUGGAACAGCACCAAUAAAUACUGCCACAAUUUACACAAUUACGCUCUUGCAGGCUCGACGGAAUCUGGAUCAACGGAAUUUAAAAAUCUCAGUUUGCCGGAAAUGAAAGAUAGCGCAUCAGCUAAACAACGAGUGAACGGGUUUGAUACUAGAGUCAAUGGUGAAGAGGUCGGUGUGCAUGGUAUUGAUAAAGUUGUUAAUGGCGUGCAAAAUGGUGUCCACGGUACUGCGAACGGAAAUGCGAAGUUUGUCCGAAGGAAUAGCAUACUAAGCAAUAGUCAAGAAGAUCAGACACGUGUUGGCCGUAAUAGUACUGGUAAAUAGAGGCAAAGAUAGCUUGUAAGGAAAACGCAGAAAGAGAGUAUCGAUGAGAAUGGAUCAGAGGAUAAGACGCGAACAAACAAAAAUGAUGGUAAAAGUAGAGCAACGAGAGAUGAGGGAAUUUCAUUGAAAUAAUUCCGAGGAAAAUAAAUAAAAGUAUUCUAUUGGCACUGACACAGUUAACUUUUCAAGUGACAAAAUUUCCUGUGCAAUACGAAAGUGACACAUUUCUCUUGACCAUAAACCACGCCUGUUUUCUAACUUGAGACCACGCGGUGUCUCCUAUUCAAGUACUAUAUUACACGAGGAAAAAAAAAACGUACUUAAUAUACUUCAAUUGUAACUUACGCCUAUUUUUUACCGAAUCUGUUUUGAAAAAAGCGAUGUCGAUUAAUAUACCAAGUAUUUUUACAUCUAAAUCACCUCACUUCGCUCUCCAUCUCUUUACUUAUGUAUGUAUUUUUGUUCCGAUUAGGACUAUUAGCGACGGGAACCGAUAUUUUCGUCUAGCUAUAGUAUUUUGUUAAUUAUUUUGGUUUCUAUUUAAGGAAAUUUACUUACAAAUAAUUGUGAUACAAGAUACACGUAGUACGUAGCAUACAAACAACGUAUUUGAGGUAUGUAAGUAUCCGAGAACAUACGAUCAGUGUGAAGUAUACUUUUCCUUAGAAACGUUUAACGUCUCGAUAGAAAAUUUAAUGUUAUUGCACUAACGUAAAUGUACUUCGACGGUUCAUUUUCGUAAAUUAUACCUUAGACUAUUGAAGAGACUUUCCUUCCCGCGAAAGGGGACUGUCUAUUUCUCUCAAGAAAAUUCUGUCUUAGCAUAAGCCGCAAACUCAAUUUAGUAUUUUACUUUUUUUUCUUUUGACGCGUCAUGGCAAGGUAACUUACAAAAGUAUGGUUCAACGAUUGUACUGUUCUGCAGUAUUGUCAGAAGUAUGUAUUAUAGUCAUGGCAAGGUAAUUGUAAAAGGUACUAGUACUUAACAGGUAUAUUUCCAUUAAGAAUUCGUUAAGUUCAUCUUAGACAACAAUUCGAUGGGAAUAAUUUUUUGGUGCAAGCAAUAUUAACUGUUGAUUUUGAAGUGUUCCACAAAGAAAAUAUCUUUGACUUAAUGAAAAUUAGUGAACACUUAAUUUUAUUUACUAAUUAAAGUUUGAUUCAACUGUGAUGAUUAUUGUAUAUGUGUAUGCUUAUUUUACAUAAACACAUUUAUCACAAAUUUUGCCAUUGUUUAGAGACAAAGUGCCUGUGAAAUGUUCAGUCGCGAAGAUGAGAAGAAUGAUAUAGAACUUAUAUAUUUUCAAUGAGAGAUGCAAUAAUCAGUUAUUGAUGCACUUAUACCACAUAUAAUUGAUCCGAACUCAUAUGUACCCAUGAUUAUCUAAUAAAAUGUCAUGUGCCUAUCACA